UAAUCUGCGAAUUGCUAAUGGCUGCGGAAGCUUAAACUAAACUGUGCUUUCUCCAUUUUAUCUUUGAAGAAAAAAAAGAGAGAUAUGUUUUUCCUUAGAUUUCCAUAAAAGUUUUCAAGCUUUCUUGUUCGAAACAAUCCAUGGAAACUGCCUCAGUGUUACUGCACUCAAGAACAAUUCCUUUCAGCUUCAAUUCGAAAGGUAACCGAAUAGUUUCUUGCAGGCAUUUCAACAAACAUUGUCAAAGCAGGGGUUUUUAUUCUCACCAGAGCCUCAAACCCAUCCAAAACCCAUCAAGUUUCAAUCUUGCUUCAUACCCAUCGCCAUCACCACUUCGGAAAACAAGAACCCAUUUUUUGGUUCCUCUCAGAUGCACAUUUUCCAACACCGCUAGCUCAGAUUCUCAAAACCCUUUGCUAAAACCCUUCAAAAACCUCUCCUUUGAUUCUCUCAAAACAAGUCUUUCUCAGUUGACCCCUAUAAGGAUUUUCAAAUGGGCUGGUAUAGUUUCCAUAGCAAUUGCAGCUACUAAAUGGACUGUGAAUUUGGUCUUCAACCCUUUCUUUUGGAUGUAUUUUAGCUGGAGUUGGAUGUUCUGGCCAUGGUUUGUAGCUGUAGCCCUUGCUUUUUAUGGUUUAUAUUGUUUUCGAAAGCAUUCAAUUGGCAAAGCAAGCAUUAUAGAGCAACUCGCUAUUGUUACUUCAGUGUUCACUUGGCUAACUCUAGUACCCCCUGCAUAUUUUAAUGGCUAUCUCGAAGGUUGGCCCUUUGUCUUCUUCUUUGUAUACCAUUAUUUCUUUUUCUUCAAUGUUAGUGUAAGAAAAAGAUUGUAUGGAGAUUAUUAUGCUCGUCCACAUGAUCCUAAGUGGGAUGUGAACCCGCCCAAAUGGUAUCGCCUUUUGUUCUGUGUUGGAGUCAUGGUUGGGCACUGGCUUGCUGCAUUUGAAGGGCCAGAACUUCAUCGAAUUCCAGGUGGUUGGAGCAAUGUUGUAGUUUGGAUAUUGGUUGUGGCAACUUUAUUGAUGCAAUAUAAUUCAACGUUGUAUCUUGCAAAGUAUUCAGAGAAGGUAGUGGUGCCAACUGCUGUCGUUCAAUUUGGGCCAUACAGAUGGGUUCGGCAUCCAAUAUAUGCAUCUACAAUGCUUUUGUUUGCAACUUAUUGUGUUGCACUUAGAGCACCUCUGAGCUCACUAUUUGUUUUAGCAGUUUGUUUAAUGUAUUAUGAGCAGAAAGCAAAAUUGGAGGAGGCUUUAAUGGUUGAGACUUUUGGAGAGAGUUAUUCAGAGUAUGCCAGUAAAGUUAGGUACAAGUUCAUACCAUUUGUGUUCUAGCCACAAACAGGUAUGCAGAUAAUGAAAUUGUUUAGACACUAUUUUAUUUUUGGACUUAGGGAAGUGUUAGACUACUUGCUUUUACUGAUAUUUUGUUCAUUGAUUUUCAUAUCGGUUGAAGCUCUGUUGUUCAUUGAAUUAUAUGCCCUUUUACUUAAGUCUUGGAUAAAUUGAUUGGCCAUAUUGAUUA